CACCCCGCCCGCCCCGAGUCGCCCGCCCCGCAGCGCGUAUCGCAGCCCCGCGUCCCGCCGGCAAUUCCUGCUGCGCCACAGCCAUGGCGGCGCUGACGGUGAAAGCCUACCUGCUGGGCAAGGAGGAUGCGACCCGCGAGAUCCGCCGCUUCUCCCUGAUGCCGCCUGUCCGCUAUCAGGCCGUUCACGACCGCGUCGCCGAGCUCUUCCAGGGGCUGCUGCGGGCCGGGCCGCCGCCCGCGUUCCGCAUGCACUAUAAGGAUGAAGACGGGGACCUGAUCGCGUUCUCUACCGACGAGGAGCUGGAUAUGGCCAUGCCUUAUGUGCAGGACGGGGUCUUCCGCGUGUACAUCAGAGAGAAAAAGGAGUGCAGGCGUGAACAUCGCUCGCAGUGCAGCCAGGAGCCUCCCCGUGACAUGGUGCACCCCAACGUCAUCUGCGACGGCUGCGAGGGGCCGGUGGUGGGUGCUCGCUUCAAGUGCACCGUCUGCCCUGACUACGACCUGUGCAGCACCUGCGAGGGGAAAGGCAUCCACAAGGAGCACAACAUGGUGAUGUUUCAGAGCCCGCUGCUGAAUCCGUUUGAGUGGCUUCCCAGAGGGCGCUGGCUCCGUAAGAUGCGGCACGGCGUUCCACCCUUCCCCUGGAUGCACUGCUGGGGGUAUCCUGGACCUGCAGCUCCAUGCCAGAACUCGGAACAAGCCCAAGCCAGUGCUGCUGCCUCCAGUCCACCUGCUGCUGGAGAAGCUUCUACUAACAGCCAGCCCCAGGACCCCAAUGUCACCUUCUUAAAGAAUGUUGGGGAGAGUGUGGCAGCUUUUCUGAGCCCCCUGGGUAUUGAAGUUGAUAUUGAUGUGGAACAUGGAGGACAGAGAAGCAAAGUGACUCCUGCUCCUCCUAAUCAAGAGAGUAACAAUGCUGAGUCAAGCAGCAGUACUCUUAACCAGAACAGCCAGACCAAACCAUACUGGAAUAGCACAGAUUCUGCUACGGUAGUAAGCAAUGUUGCAGAGCAGAUACAAGACAUGGUGAUAGAUCCUGUGCCCACACAAAUGGAAGAUGGCAGCCUCCAGUCCCAGGAACACAGCGAGUCAAGCAGUUCAUCAGGGGGUGAUGAGGACUGGACCCACUUAUCUUCCAAAGAAGUGGAUCCUUCCACAGGUGAACUGCAGUCUCUACAAAUGCCAGAGACAGAUGAUCCCAGCUCCUUAGAUGUAGCUCAGGAAGCUCCCCAGGCAGGACCUACAGGGCUGAGAGAGGCUGCACUCUACCCACAUCUCCCACCAGAAGCAGACCCUCGCUUGAUUGAAUCCCUGUCCCAGAUGCUCUCUAUGGGCUUCUCUGAUGAGGGUGGAUGGCUCACUCGACUCCUGCAGACAAAGAACUGUGACAUCGGGGCAGCACUAGAUGCCAUCCAGUAUUCCAAGCAGCCUCCUAACUUGUAGUAGUCCGUGUAACAAAAACUAGUUUCCUUCUAACUGAAAGAAAAUAACGUGGUACAGUUAACUCUAGAAAUGCAUCUUCUGUUAAAGGUUUCUGUUUCAUGUUCCUAAGUGCUUGUAGUGUGGAGGAAGAAAUAAAUACUGCCACUCUUUCA